AUGUCUGAGGAGGUGACUACCAGUUACCAGAAGGUUCAGGCCUUUCCCACUUGGCUGUUAUCUGUGAAAAUCUUGCAAGCUAAAAAUAUAAGGAAAGCAGACAGACGUAAUGGAGCAGAUUGCUAUAUAAUGCUGUGGCUGCCAACAGCUUCAAAGGAGAAAGCAAGGACUCAAACUAUUCUGAAUUCUACCACACCAAUAUGGAACAAAACCUUCUAUUUUAUUAUCCAGAGUCAAGUCAAGAAUGUCUUGGAACUAAGGAUUUAUGAUGAACACCUCCAUUCCAAUGAUGACCUCCUCUUUACCCUUCUCUUUGAUGUAGCUGAAGUCUGUCCUGGAGAGAGAAUCCUGGCAAACUUCAUUCUGAAUCCUGAGAGAAAGGAAGAAUUGGAUGUGGAGUUUGCAGUGCAGGAACACCUGGGUCAUCUUGAAAGCCUCAUCACAAAUAAUGUCCUUGUGUCUCGUCCAGUUUCCUGUUUAAAUGUUUGUGUGGUCAAGGGGAAGAGCAUGAAGAGAUUAAAAGAAGAAAAUGACCUUGAACUGAGAGUGAAAGGAUCAUUUGAAGAUACAUGGAAAAUGGCUUUGGAAUCUGGAUUGGUAGAAUCAUUUCACUUCCAUUACACAACAUACUGGGAACCAGAAUUAAAUGCUCAUCUGCAGCAUUGCUCAAGUAAUGAGGAGCAAGACAAAAAGAAUUCUUCUGCAUCCUUGACUAUGCCUCUGAAGUUACUUUCCACAGGAAAGGAAGUGAAUGUAGUUCUUCCUGUGUCAGUGACUUCCCCUGAGGUGAGGACAUGCUGGAGAUACAGUCAUGUCUCCGCCCACCUGUUGAGUGGGCGGGCAGGUAGGAGGCCGGUAGGAGGCGGCCACCAAAGCCCUGGAUCACCUGAAAACCUUGAUAUGCGGUUGGGAUUUAACCUAUGUGAAGAGGAAAAGUCUUUUCUGCACAAACGGAAACAAGUUGUGGCUGAUGCUCUGAAAAGCAUCCUCCAGCUGAAAGAAGAUCUGUUGGAUCACGAGGUUCCAGUGGUGGCAGUCAUGGCAACUGGAAGUGGAUGCAGAUCAAUGGUGUCUCUUUAUGGGCAGCUCUCAGGUCUGCAGAAACUUAAUAUUCUGGACUGUAUAACGUAUAUCAGCAGCACUUCUGGCUCAGCUUGGACUGUGUCAAAUUUAUAUGAAGACUCUAAUUGGUCCCAGAAGGAUCUGGCAAGGCCAAUCCAUGAGGCUAAGAAGCACGUGACAAAAAACAAGAUUAGCACUUUUUCUCUGGAGCAUCUGAUUCACUAUCAAACAGAGCUGAGCCAUAGGGCUGAACAGGGCAUCUCUACUUCUUUCAGUGAUCUGUGGGCAGUUGCUCUUGAGAAUGUCUUGCAUGAUAAGGUGAAUGAUUUUAAACUCUCUGAUCAGCAGCAGGCUGUGAAUGAAGGGCAGAAUCCCUUACCCCUCUAUUUAGCCCUUAAUGUGAAAGAAAACCACAUUUCUGCCUUUGAUUUUAAAGAAUGGUGUGAAUUUUCCCCUUAUGAAAUUGGUUUUCUGAAAUAUGGUGCAUUCAUUCACUCAGAAGAUUUUGGAAGUGAAUUCUUCAUGGGAAGGCUAAUGAAGAAAAACCCAGAGUCUCGGAUUUGUUUUUUAGAAGCAUUAUGGAGCAAUACUCUUGCUGUGAAUUUGCUUGAUGUCUGGAAUAAACUGAGCAGUACAGAUGAAGACUGGCACAAACUUAUCCAAGGCAAAAUGAGGAACAUUGAGAGAGGUUAUGUUCCACCUCAGAACUCCACUUACUUGGAGACCUCUUGGAUGUGCCCUGAUGGGAUGCUGUCUAAGAUUAUAAGGGAAGUUUUAACUGAUCGUCCAUUGCAUCAUCAUGCCCAUAAUUUUCUCAAGGGUUUCCAUCUGCAUAAAGAUUACUACCAAGACAGCCAGUUCUCGAUGUGGAAAGACUGUCAACUAGACCAGUUCCCUAAUAGACUUACUCCAUCAGAAGAUGAUAUAUCAUUGGUUGAUGCUGCAUAUUUCAUCAAUACAAGUUGUCCCCCACUCUUGAGGAAGGAGAGGAAAGUGGAUGUCAUUUUAUCAUUUGAUUACUCCCUGGAUGCUCCUUUCCAGUCUAUAGAGCAAAUGGAAAAAUACUGCAUGGAGCAGGGAAUUCCUUUUCCCAGGAUUUCAGUGAGUGAGGAAGACAAGCAGAAUCCAAGAGAAUGUUACCUGUUCAUUGAUGAUGAGAAUAAAAAAGCUCCCAUAGUGCUUCAUUUCCCACUUGUGCUUGAUAGUUUCCAGAACUUCAAAGAAACUGGAGUGAAACGUAGCAAAACAGAGAUGGACGAAGGUGCAGUCCCUCUUGCUGGCUGUCACUCACCGUACCGUUUGAUGAAUUUCACCUAUACUAAGAAGGAUUUUGACAAACUCCUGAAACUGGCUGAGUACAAUGUCCAGAAUAACAGAGACUGGAUUCUUCAGGCUUUCUGCAUGGCCAUAGAACAGAAAAAAUGUGGCAGGCAGCAAAGUCAAUGUCCAUCCACUUGA